AUGACUUUGGAAGAAGUUAAGCAGCAACGGGCUAAUACUAAGAAAAGUAUAACCCGCAUCAAAAACCAAGUUGAAGCCAAUGGAAGGGGUGAAGGUAAGACACUUUCGUCAGCCGAGUUGAAGUGCCGUUUGGGGAUUUUGGAGUCAUAUUUCAAGCAGAUACUGACGUAUCAAACCCAAAUUGAGAAAUAUGAUCCUGAUGACAAUGGUAGGCCUGAAAUUGAAGACUUGUACAUCGCAGUGAAAAUGAAUAUUCAAGCGCAACUUGGUGAGGAUGUCCACAAUACAACCAUGUCCGACUCUACAAUUUGUUUUCCUGUUAACAACAAUAAAUUGCCUCAGCUCAAAUUGCCCACAUUUAGUGGUAAGUACAGUGAGUACAAAAAUUUUAUAACGUCGUUCAACCAAGUUAUCGAUCGUGAGUUUGGCCUAUCGAAUAUCGAAAAAUUUAACCAUUUGCUGAACUGCCUCCAAGGCCAAGCAUUGGAAACGGUCAAGGCUUUCCAGAUUACGAAUGAAAAUUACCCCAAGGCUCUAGAAAGGCUGAAAACGCGUUACGACAAUAGCUCACUGAUUUUUAUGGAAAAUAUUACCACUCUAUUUGAACUUCCAGCCAUGUCCAAAUACAAUUGCGCACAAUUACGAAGUCUCGUUGAUAAUGUUUCUGCUCUUUAUAGCUCCCUUUUGUCUCUAGGCUCAGAUAGUGACAUUGCUAAUUCGAUGCUGAUCUACAUAGUUUUGGAAAAGGUUGAUGAUGAGACAAAAAGAAAAUGGAAAGACUCUUUGGAUUUCACUGAACUGCCAUCAUGGGAUGAUUGCUCCAAGGUUCUUGAAAGGCAUUGCCAAUUUUUGGAAUCGGUUGACACCAGCCAUACAAAUGUGGCCCACCGUAAGCCUGACAAUCAUCAAUCUGGUAAGUCCAAAUAUAAAAGCUCAAAAACUGGCUAUUCUUUUUCGGUUUCGAAACGUGUUUGUGUUCUUUGCACAAAAACUGACCACACAAUUACUCGUUGCCCUCGCUUCAAAGAUAUGGAUGUCGGUCAACGUUUUGAAAAUGUCAAACGACUAGGGCUUUGUCUUAAUUGUUUGUCAAAAGGGCAUCAAGUUAACAGCUGUUCCUCUACAUUCAAGUGCAAAUCUUGUUCUCGCUUGCAUCACAGUUUGCUUCAUCGGUCUCAGUCAGCUUCUAGGCCCUCGUCCCCGACUGCUGAACCAUCUACUUCUCGUGCUGCCUUGAAUGACUCUCAUGCCUCGGUCCAUACUCAUAUGGAAAAAUCCUCACCGGAACAGGUGCUUCUUGCUACUGCCAUGGUUCUAGUUCGUGACGCUACAGGUCACUAUCAAUUCGGACGUGCUUUGUUGGAUUCUUGCUCUCAAUUGAAUUUCAUUACGGAUGAAUUUUCUCAAAAAUUGCACUUGCCUCGUAGAAAACAAACUACAGAAGUCGCUAGCAUUGGUAAUACUCAUAGUAAAACGAAAUAUAGGUCGUCAACAAAUGUGAAAUCUCGAGUUACUGAUUUUGAAGUGUCCCUUUCAUUUUGUGUCACACCUCAUAUUUCUUAUCAACCUGAUGCUGAAUUAGACGUCUCAACCUGGAAUUUGCCCCCAAAUACUCAGCUUGCAGAUGAAAACUUUUUCAAAUCAAAACGAAUUGACUUGCUUAUUGGUACAGAAACUUUCUUUGAUAUUUUGUCAGUUGGUCAAAUUAAACUUGGUCCGAAUUUGCCAAAAUUACAUAAAACUCUAUUUGGAUGGAUUGUAGCUGGUCGUUAUUUAUCAAACCAAUCGAACGAUACUGGUUCUUCUUGUAUGCUCUCGAUAGAAGAGGAAGUUGAUUUAAAAUUACAACGAUUGUGGGAAAUCGAAGAAAUUCCAUCUGGCUCAAAUACUUUGACUCCAGAACAAGCUGAUUAUGAAUCGUUUUUCAAUAAUACUGUCCAUCGUGAAUCUUCCGGUAGAAUUGUUGUUAAAUUACCCUUCAAAGAAUCCGCUGACACUUUAGGUCUCUCGCGAAAUAUGGCUCUUAAAAGAUUUUCAUCUCAAGAGAGACGAUUUGCUCGUGACAGCAAUCUCAAAUCACAAUAUGUGAGUUUUAUGAAGGAGUAUGAAGAUUGUGGUCAUAUGAGUCUUGUUCGUAGUCCCCGCUUAGAUGUGCCUCAUUAUUUCAUCCCUCACCAUUGUGUUUUCAAACCUAAUAGUACUUCAACAAAAUUAAGGGUGGUCUUCGAUGCGUCCUGUCCGUCAUCAUCUCAAAGGUCUCUCAAUGACAUUCUUAUGGUUGGUCCAACGAUUCAAGAUGAGCUGUACAAAAUUUUACUUCGUUUUCGUCUUCAUCGUUUCGUUAUUACAGCUGAUAUAGUAAAAAUGUAUCGGCAAGUGCUUAUUGACUCUUCCCAUAGAAAAUUCCAGUACAUUUUGUGGAGAAAUUCUGAAGAAGAAGAAAUUCGCACUUAUCAGUUGAAUACAGUUACCUAUGGAAUGUCUGCUGCUCCCUACCUAGCCAUUAAAAGUCUUCACUAUCUCGCAGACCAGUACAUGGACCAAUUCGAACUUGGUGCAAAAACUAUAAAGUCAUCAUUUUAUGUUGAUGAUUUUAUCGGUGGUGCAGAUUCAAUAGAAGAAUUGACUAAAAUUAAGACAGAGGUGAAUGAAAUUCUAAUUCGUGGUUCGUUUCAAUUGGACAAAUGGCACUCAAAUCAUAGAAGUUUUCAAGACGACAAAACUAUAAAAGAUCUAAAUAUUGAUGAAUUAGCUGUGACCAAUGCUCUUGGUAUUACUUGGGAUCAACAAAAAGAUGUAUUUCUAUUUUCGUUUACACCUAAAGUUCAAAUUGAUGGAAAAAUCACCAAAAGAACAAUUUUGUCGCUCUCGUCAUCACUUUUCGAUCCCUUAGGACUUUUCCGCUUAUUAUAA